AUGGGUGCCAAUCUCUCAAAGGCAUUGGGGAAGAUAUUCGGGAACAAGGAGAUGAGAUUGUUGAUGUUGGGGUUGGACGCUGCUGGGAAGACAACUAUCUUGUACAAACUUAAACUGAACCAAUCUGUCACCACUAUACCAACAGUCGGAUUCAAUGUAGAGACGGUGACUUAUAAGAAUGUGAAAUUUAACGUCUGGGAUGUCGGAGGCCAAGACAAGAUUCGGCCAUUGUGGAGGCAUUACUAUACGGGCACACAGGGUCUGGUGUUCGUUGUCGACAGCCAAGACCGGGAGCGAAUUGACGAAGCCAAGCAAGAACUGCACCGGAUAUUAAGCGACAGGGAAAUGAAGGAAUGUCUUUUGCUUGUAUUCGCCAAUAAGCAGGACCUUCCGGGAGCUAUGUCACCCGCCGAAGUUACUGAGAAACUCGGCCUACACCGAAUGCGGGAUAGGUCGUGGUAUGUUCAUCCAAGCUGUGCAACGACCGGCGAAGGUCUUUUUGAAGGUCUUCAGUGGCUUUCACAAAAUGUCAAGAAGCGCCAACAGUAG